AGGGGUUCCAGCAAACACAAGGUGACAGUCAGAGAGUAGCAAAGGGUGAAGAGCAGAAAGAUGACUGUGGGCCACCAUAAGCACUGUGAGCAGUGUCACAUUGUCCACUGUCAGGUUCCGGUACAGAUCUCAGUCUCAUGCAUUAUCAUCAAGUGUCGUAAAAACUGUGGCGCCACCUUCCAUAUGUGCAAGCAAGAGGAGCACCAGCUUCUCUGCCCCAAUGAGAUGGUCCCCUGCAUCAAUGUCAACUAUGGCUGUCCUCUUACAAUGCUGCGCCACAGGCUGGCCAAACACCUGGAGGUCUGUCCCGCCAGUGUGGUCUGCUGCUCUCAAGAGUGGAACCGCUGGCCUGUUUCAGAAACUGAUCUGACCUUCUACAAAAAUGUUUCACAAAGCCCUGAAACUGAAGAAAACCUUGAUGUUGCUUUGGCUCUCAGGGACCAAGAGCUGCUGUUUCGAUCCAUCAAAAUGAAGAACAUUUUUCCUGAGUUAAUGUUGGAGGAUCCUGCCCUUCAGGAUGCUUCUGCUGCAGUCAACAGUACUACAGAGGAAGCAACAUGUUCUUUAGAUUGUGUUGAAUCUACAGAAAAUGGCUGCACAAGGAUGGAGGAAAGAGAACUGAGCCAAGAGGAGAGGGAUGCUUUGGCAAUGAGCAGAGACAUGGAUGGUAUUCAGAACUACAGCUCCUGGGAGAAAAUAUUCAACAAGGAGAUGGAGGGAUGCAAGCAAACUGUCAAAAACCUGAAUAAGAGGGGGGAAAAGGGAAAAGCAAAGGAAGAGCAAGAAUCAUCAAACUUUCAUGGUGAGAAAAGAAACUCACACCUGAGCCAAGAGAAUGCUGCUGCCGCUCCAAGCAUUGGUGGUGCAACGGGCCUUGCCCCAUGGCAAGACGGGGUCCUUGAGAGGUUGAGCAAAGAAUUCAACAUUGGUGAAUAUAACAUGUAUUUGGUGCACAAUGGGGCAAUGUUGAUUAACUUUGGCCAACUUGCUGCUUGCACCCCAAGAGAAAAGGAUUUUGUUUAUGGGAAGCUGGAGCCCAUUGAAGUUCAAACUGUCCGCACAUUUAAUGUUCCUACCAGCUAUCGAGCAAAGCAAAGUUAUCUGAAAGACCCUUCACAAAAGGUCAAGACCAGUGCCAGUGUCAACACUGCAGAUUUGGGUGUGUCAGUCGAGGAUCUUCCGAAGUGUGAUGAGGUUAGUGCCACACUCCUGCUCUCUCUGGAAAAGGAACUGAAAGGACAUUUAAUCUCAGAAAGUGUGGGGAGAGAUGGUCUUUAUGUAGAUAUAGGAACACAAACGUACAACUUUGCCUCUGCUCCGUUUGAAAGAGAUGCAUCGCUUGCUGACUUAAUUGCAGACAAACCUCAUGGGCUUCAUGUACAUGUCGAAGCCGAAUGUGUCACCAGAAGACACAACAGAAUCAGUUCAGCCUUCAGCUACAUGUGUGGCCACUUCUUUCGCCGUGAUGAAUGCCGCUCUCAUUUCAGGAAUGUGCACUCUGACAUACAGGCCUCUCUCAGCGGCUGGUUCCAACAGCGCUGUCCCUUAGCAUACCUCGGCUGUACUUUCACCAAGACAAGGUUUCACCCUGCAGGUCAUCAGGCUACAAUCAAAUAUUGUCAAGAUGUCAGCGCCUUUGUCCUCCAGCCAGAAGUGCCUUCACUGCUCUGUCAAGGAGGGAAAACCUCGAGCUCUCAGAGAAAUGGUGCACAUAAUCUGGAUCCCCUGAGCAGCCUGCCCCUGGAGAUCCUUCAGUACAUUGCUACUUACCUUGACAGUUUCACAUUAUCUCAGCUGUCCCAAGCCUCCCGUCUGAUGAGAGAAGUGUGUGUCGCAUUGUUGCAGGAGAGAGGGAUGGUAUCCCUCAAGUGGGAGAAAAAGAAAUAUUCCCAUGGGGGAAGUUCCUGGAAAUGUCAAAAGAAAGUUUGGGAGUUCAGCUCUGUGUUUUCUUCUGUGGACAAAUGGAGCUUCAGCAACACUCCUUCCAUGUCAGAUCACUUGAAAACCUGCUCCUUCUACGAGAGAGAGGAGCACACUGAGCCAGUGGCUUUAGCCUGCCUGGAAGAGGUCAGAGACAAACAUGGAGAAGUAAAGCAUAAAAGAUAAUGCUCAUAGUCCCAGAGCUCAGUGGGCGGACCACAACAAGAGCGAUGCCGCGUUUAGAAUCCCUCACAUGCAAAAUGUAUGCUCUGCAUAUACAGCUACUGUAUAGGAGGAACAAAAAGGGAUUUAGAGCCGCUGUGUGCUAAAGCCCUGCAGACAUAUACUAUAGACUACCUUUGAAGAAUUCACGUGGGCAUAAAUUGCAAUUUCUAUAGGUUUUGAUGUGAUAUACUUUAACUAUUUUCUUGGAAUGUCUCCUCAAAGCUGUAAUGGGCAAAUGCUUAAAGAUGGAUCUAUUUAUGCAGUGUUUUUAAGAGUUGAUUGAAACUUAAAUAAUCCCUAUAAGGACACUAAAUGCACACCUGUAUUUGUAUGGUGUUUAAGAGGAUUUCUCAUUUUCUGGGAUAUCAGAUCAUUUGCCUUUGUUUAUCUAAGCUGACUAGUUUUUUUGAUCCAUCUCAUUUCAUUCUUGUGGUGAAAGGCAAUUUGUCUAAGAAACUAGGGCAGUUGGUGUUGUUGAUUGUUUUCAACAUGACAAGACUGACAUCUACUGGGGAGGAACUGAAGUACCUCAUCUGUGUGGAGUCGUGACAUAUCUUGCAUACACACACGCACACACACUAACACAAGUUUGGUAUUUGAAUGCUGAGCACAAUAUCACAUGUCCUAUGUGUCAUAUUUGAUAAGGCACAGCAGCACAUGUUACUGAUGAUGACAACUUUGUUUCUAAUUUAGACUUCUAGGUCUUUAAAAUGAGAGAUUGUCUACGUGUG